GAGGAAAAGCGUUUGCAGAAGCACUUUAUAUAAAUACUACUUUAACUGAUUUAAUCCUCCGUGCUACUAAUAUUGGUAUUGAAGGAGGCAAAGCAUUAGCAAAGGCAUUUUAUAAAAAUAAUACAUUGAUUUUCUUAAGAAUAUUUAUUGGCAAUGAAUUUGAUUAUGAAGAUAUAGGAUUAGACUGGAGGGAUUUAC